AUGGUUACAAAAUCUCUUUUUAACCUUUCCCUGCAAACGGAUGGGAAUGAGAGCAAUUUGUUUCCGGAGGUCUUCGAGGCAGAUUCCUUGCCUUCCUCAGAACAGGGUACUGCGGAGUUCGUGAUCCGCUGCGUGAUCCCAUCGCUAUACUUGCUUAUUAUCACUGUGGGUUUGCUGGGCAAUAUCACCCUAAUGAAGAUCUUCAUCACUAACAGUGCCAUGAGAAGUGUUCCUAACAUCUUUAUCUCUAGCCUAGCUGCAGGAGAUCUGCUGCUUCUGGUGACCUGCGUGCCAGUGGACGCCUCUCGCUACUUCUUUGAAGAGUGGAUGUUUGGGAAAGUGGGCUGCAAACUUAUUCCCGCCAUACAGCUUACCUCAGUGGGAGUUUCUGUGUUCACUCUCACCGCACUUAGUGCAGACAGAUAUAAAGCCAUUGUGAAUCCUAUGGAUAUCCAGGCAUCAAGUGCAGUCAUGUGGACCUGUAUGAAAGCCAUUGGCAUAUGGGUAAUUUCUGUGCUGUUAGCACUUCCUGAAGCAGUCUUCUCUGAAGUGGCCCACAUCAGUAGUAUGGAUAAUGGCAGCUUCACAGCAUGUAUGCCGUAUCCACAGACCAAUGAGUUACAUCCAAAGAUCCACUCAGUGCUGAUUUUCUUGGUCUAUUUCCUCAUACCUCUUGUUAUCAUAAGUAUUUAUUAUUAUCAUAUUGCUAAAACAUUGAUCAAAAGUGCACAUAACAUCCCUGGAGAAUAUAAUGAACAUUCUAAAAAGCAGAUGGAAACACGAAAACGCCUGGCUAAAAUUGUCCUGGUUUUUGUGGGUUGCUUCGUGCUUUGUUGGUUUCCAAAUCAUGUGCUCUACAUGUAUCGAUCAUUUAACUACAAAGAAAUUGAUCCAUCCCUUAGCCACAUGAUUAUUACCUUAGUAGCUCGAGUGCUGAGCUUCUGCAACUCUUGUGUCAACCCAUUUGCUCUUUACCUGCUCAGCGAGAGCUUCAGGAGACAUUUCAACAGUCAACUCUGUUGUGGGAGAAGAGCCUAUAGGGAGAGAUCCACCAGCUACCUGCUUAGCUCCUCUGCUGUGCGAAUGACUUCUCUGAAAAGCAAUGCUAAGAACACAGUGACCAAUUCUGCCUUCCUGAAUGGGCACAGCGUGAAGCAGGAAAUGUCUCUGUGA